AUGACAAAUAUUGUGUUAAUCCUUAUUAGUCUUCUUGCCACUGGAUGGACACUCGUCCACGCUGGUGAACCCAGCCCGCUUCAAGAUUUCUGCGUGGCAGACUUCGAUAGUACAGUUAGAGUGAAUGGUCAUGCAUGUCUAGACCCUAAAAAGGUAACAGCUGAUCACUUCUUCUUCGAAGGACUACACAAACCUGGAAACACAUCAAAUCCCUUGGGGUCCUUCGUAAACCGGCCGACCGUGAAUGAAAUUCCCGGCCUCAACACUCUAGGCAUAUCCACCGUACGAGUCGAUUACGCACCACGUGGCGUUGUUCCUCCCCAUCGACACCCUCGGGCUUCGGAAAUUUUGACAGUGUUGGAGGGGAAAGUACUUGUCGGAUUCGUCACCUCGGAUCCAGAAAACAAGCUGUUUAUGAAAGUUGUUAAAAAGGGUGAUGUUUUUACCUUCCCAUUUGGGCUUAUCCACUUUCAACAAAAUGUUGGGGAUGGGAAUGCCGUGACUAUUGCCUUCUUGAGCAGCCAGAAUCCGGGACUACAUAAACCUGGAAACACAUCAAAUCCCUUGGGGUCCUUCGUAAACCGGCCGACCGUGAAUGAAAUUCCCGGCCUCAACACUCUAGGCAUAUCCACCGUACGAGUCGAUUAUGCACCACGUGGCGUUGUUCCUCCCCAUCGACACCCUCGGGCUUCGGAAAUUUUGACAGUGUUGGAGGGGAAAGUACUUGUCGGAUUCGUCACCUCGGAUCCAGAAAACAAGCUGUUUAUGAAAGUUGUUAAAAAGGGUGAUGUUUUUACCUUCCCAUUUGGGCUUAUCCACUUUCAACAAAAUGUUGGGGAUGGGAAUGCCGUGACUAUUGCCUUCUUGAGCAGCCAGAAUCCGGGUGUCAUUCCCAUUGCUAAUACAGUUUUUGGAUCAAAUCCAUCUAUUAAUGAUGAUUUACUGGCCAAGGCCUUCCGAGUCGACAAAUCGAUCAUCCGUAAUCUCAAAUCACCGUACUAA